AUGUCUUCCUUCUACUUAUCUUCUUGUCCUCCGGUUCCGCAACCGUCUGGGCUUUGCGCUUCAUGUUCUGUUUAUCUUUCUGAUAAAGCCUAUCAGCUGCUCUCUAGGUAUCCGAGGAUAUCUUUUUUCUUUUUGUUCGUCUCCUUCGCCUUUCAGCGACACUUCCCCGGGGUGGCUGUCCAGCUCGUUCCACAGGUCCUCAAUAUGCAGACCAAAGUAGUUGAGGAACACCAGGCAAACUCUGCAUUCCUUUUCUUUCAGCCUCUGCCUGGUGUCCGAUUUCGCCAAGGAGGUAAUGCCCAACCCUUCUUUCUAAAUGCUAGGCAUCUGCUGAGACGCCUAAAGGAGGUUGGGCAUCACCUCCGUCUGCGUUUGUCUAGCUUGAUGAGAGGGGUAUUCUCAUCAUUCGGGCUGGGCGUGCAAACGGAGAUCUUGUCGUUUCUAAGUUUGAACCCCAAAAUUGUUGCUGGAGCAUCUAUAUCUGGUGUACAUAUUGAAUGA